CCGGCCCUCCAUCAAAGCAUGAAAAAGACCCUGGAGCUCAUUGCUUACCCCAAUACUCACCAUGGACGACAUAGACGAGGCAACAUCUGCUCUCAUCGCCGAGCUCACACUCCAAGACAUCACCGAAAUAUCGGGCACUCUCAAGGGAAAGCAGCGAAGCGACAUAGCAAAAAGUGUUGGAGGAUAUCCGUACGUUUCAUCUUAUCUUACUUUUUGAUCACACGCUCUAUUUGCCUUAUAUAUACUUACACCUCCUGUCGUUUCCCGAUCACCUAUAUAGUCCAGCCGUUCCUAUCUGUAUGCUUCAGUCGCUUCACCCACGUUGUGCCCGACUGAGAUACUCACAUAUAUUCUUCUGUCAAUAAAAAGUGAUGAAGAGUAUGCCUUCGACCUUCAGGCAGACUAUUGGCGCGUGGAGCUGGAUUUCCAGCUAGCGCGAAGCCUGAGCCGUGCCUUGGAGAUGGAUGAAAACUGGUUGACGG